UGUGCAUGGGCCCGCCUUGCUGCACCGGAACCAUGAGCGAGGCCCGCAGGGACAGCACGAGCAGCCUGCAGCGCAAGAAGCCCCCCUGGCUGAAGCUGGACAUUCCAGCUGUGGUGCCCCCUGCGGCGGAGGACCCCAGCUUCCCGCAGGCAGGCCCUGGCCAGCAUGGGCUGUGGGUCCCUCCUGCCCAGCCCCCUCACCACGACCCCGUCACCCAGCCCCUGAGACGCCAGGCUUUCUUGCGGAGUGUGAGCAUGCCGGCUGAGACAGCUUACGUCCCUUCCCCUUAUCAUGAGCCCCGCCGGCCGGUGCUGCAUCGCCAGACAUCGAUCACACAGACCAUCCGCAGGGGCACCGCUGACUGGUUCGGAGUGAGCAAGGACAGUGACAGCACCCAGAAGUGGCAGCGCAAGAGCAUCCGCCACUGCAGCCAGCGCUAUGGGAAGCUGAAGCCCCAGGUCAUCCGGGAGCUGGACCUGCCCAGCCAGGACAAUGUGUCGCUCACCAGCACGGAGACGCCCCCUCCGCUGUAUGUCGGGCCAUGCCAGCUGGGCAUGCAAAAGAUCAUAGACCCCCUGGCCCGGGGCCGGGCCUUCCGCAUGGCGGAUGACACCGCCGACGGCCUGAGCACCCCGCACACGCCCGUCACUCCCGGUGCCGCCUCCCUCUGCUCCUUCUCCAGCUCCCGCUCGGGCUUCAACCGGCUUCCGCGGAGGCGCAAGCGUGAGUCUGUGGCCAAGAUGAGCUUCCGCGCGGUCUCGGUGAGGGACGGCACCUUGCGCCGGGCGCAGCGCCGAAGCUUCACCCCCGCCAGCUUCCUGGAGGAGGACACGGCGGACUUCCCCGAUGAGCUGGACACCUCCUUCUUCGCCCGGGAAGGUGUCCUCCACGAGGAGCUGUCCACAUACCCAGACGAGGUGUUCGAGUCCCCGUCAGAGGCAGCGCUCAAGGACUGGGAGAAGGCCCCGGACCAGGCGGACCUCACGGGCGGGGCCCUGGACCGCACGGAGCUGGAGCGCAGCCACCUGAUGCUGUGGUUCUUCGCCAGAGAGAAGCGGCCGUACGGGCUGGGCAUGGUGGGCCGGCUCACCAACCGCACCUACCGCAAGCGCAUCGACAGCUACGUCAAGCGCCAGAUCGAGGACAUGGAUGACCACAGGCCCUUCUUCACCUACUGGCUCACCUUCGUGCACUCGCUCGUCACCAUCCUCGCCGUCUGCAUCUACGGCAUCGCACCCGUGGGCUUCUCGCAGCACGAGACGGUGGACUCGGUGCUGCGGAACCGAGGGGUCUAUGAGAAUGUCAAGUAUGUGCAGCAGGAGAACUUCUGGAUCGGCUCCCCGCAGGAGGCCCUCAUUCACCUGGGCGCCAAGUUCUCGCCCUGCAUGCGCCAGGACCCGCAGGUGCAUAGUUUCAUCCACAAGGCGCGGGAGCGGGAGAAGCACUCGGCCUGCUGCGUGCGCAAUGACCGGUCGGGCUGCGUGCAGACCUCGGAGGAGGAGUGCUCGUCCACGCUGGCAGUGUGGGUGAAGUGGCCUUCCCAUCCCAGCGCCCCCGACCUCGCCGGCCACAAGAGGCAGUUUGGUUCUGUCUGUCACCAGGACCCCAGGGUGUGUGACGAGCCCUCCUCUGAGGACCCCCAUGAGUGGCCAGAUGACAUCACCAAGUGGCCGAUCUGCACCAAAAGCAGCGCCGGGAACCACACCAACCACCCCCACAUGGACUGUGCCAUCACGGGCCGGCCCUGCUGCAUUGGCACCAAGGGCAGGUGUGAGAUCACCUCCCGGGAGUACUGUGACUUCAUGAGGGGCUACUUCCACGAGGAGGCCACGCUCUGCUCUCAGGUGCACUGCAUGGAUGACGUGUGCGGGCUCCUGCCCUUCCUCAACCCCGAGGUGCCCGACCAGUUCUACCGCCUGUGGCUGUCCCUCUUCUUGCACGCUGGCAUCCUGCACUGCCUGGUGUCUGUCUGCUUCCAGAUGACUGUCCUGCGGGACCUGGAGAAGCUAGCAGGCUGGCACCGCAUAGCCAUCAUCUACCUGCUGAGUGGCAUCACUGGUAACCUAGCCAGUGCCAUUUUCCUGCCAUACCGGGCAGAGGUGGGCCCAGCCGGCUCGCAGUUUGGCAUCCUGGCCUGCCUCUUCGUGGAGCUCUUCCAGAGCUGGCAGAUCCUGGCCCGGCCCUGGCGUGCCUUCUUCAAGCUGUUGGCGGUGGUACUCUUCCUCUUCACCUUUGGGCUGCUGCCCUGGAUCGACAACUUUGCCCACAUCUCGGGCUUCAUCAGCGGCCUCUUCCUCUCCUUUGCCUUCCUGCCCUACAUCAGCUUCGGCAGGUUCGACCUGUACCGGAAGCGCUGCCAGAUCAUCGUCUUCCAGGUGGUCUUCCUGGGCCUCCUGGCCGGCCUGGUGGUCCUCUUCUACUUCUACCCCGUCCGCUGCGAGUGGUGCGAGUUCCUCACCUGCAUCCCCUUCACCGACAAGUUCUGUGAGAAGUAUGAGCUGGACGCCCAGCUCCACUGAGCGGGUGGGGGCGCUGGGGCCACGGGCCUCCAGCAGGCUGGAGCCAGGCACUGCCCACCGAGCCUCACGCCACGGGACUGUCAGCAGGCCCUGGGGGCGUCCUGCCCGUUUCCUGGACACAGACCUCUUGUGCCUCGUUCACUGCUGUUGAACCUCUCGUACUUCCGGGCAUUUAUUACACUAGUUCCUGUGAUUACCUUCUAACUAGUCUCCUGACGACCACCUCAUGUGGCCAAUAAAUGGACUGGGAGCGUUUUAGCUGCCACUAACUUGACCA